AUGUCAGAAGCACCUGCAGAUCCAGUGCUCUUUGAGUCUUGGAAGCCCAAGAUCGCCAAGUACAAUCAGGAACUGGAAAAUUCCAUGAAGCAGGAGUACCGCUUACCCAAGGACAAGUUCCCAGCCGCUGAUGAGAUUGAUAUGGUGCCAAUUGCAAAGUCCAGUGGACUGCUUACCGAGUCUGAGCUUACUAUCACUGAAACAUCCGCAGUUGAACUGUGUGCGAAAAUGGCCAAGGGCGAAUUAACGGCAACUGCUGUUCUGGAUGCUUUCGUCAAACGUGCUACUAUUGCGCAUGAGUUGUUGAAUGUUGCCACCGGGUUCAUAUUGGAAGACGGUUACGCCAGAGCAAAGGAACUGGACGAAUACUAUGCUAAAACCGGCAAAACGGUUGGUCCAUUGCACGGACUACCAGUCUCUAUUAAAGAACAUAUCGGCUUCAAAGAUAAGGUUUGUCAUGCUGGAUUUGUCUCGUUGAUUGAGAACGUGACUCCUGACGAUGCCGUCACAUUGAAAGUGCUUUACAAACAAGGUGCGGUAUUCUAUGUGCGUACCAACGAGCCGCAGAGUCUGAUGCACCCAAACACCACCAAUUACAUCACCGGCAAAACUGUAAACGCCAAUAACAUCAAAUUGAGUUCCGGAGGUUCUUCUGGUGGUGAAGGCUCGUUGGUAGCCUUCAAGGGCUCUCCAAUGGGAAUGGGUACCGAUAUCGGUGGUUCCAUCAGGUUUCCAGCUGCCUUCAAUGGUGUGUAUGGAUUCAAGCCCUCCAGCAAGAUAAUUUCCAUGAUGGGAUGUGUGGCUGCUGGAGAAGGUCAGGAGAGUAUUCCCUGUGCAAUGGGUCCAAUUUGCUCUUAUUUGGACGAUAUGACCCUCUUCAUGAAAGCAUACGCUGAAGCAGAACCCUGGAAACUGGACCCAAGUCUGAUCCCACGCAAAUGGGAAGACGUUACUCUGGACCCUUCCAAAUUGAAAGUGGCUAUAAUGUGGGAUGACGGCGAGGUCAAGCCUCAUCCUCCAAUUCAAAGAGGUCUCAAGUUUGCAGCAGAGAAGCUCAAAGCAGCUGGUGUUGAGUUGGUGGAUUGGAAGCCAGUCAUGCCUGGUAAGGCCUUCGAGACUGUGGGUCCAAUGUACUAUGGAGAUGGCUGCAAAGCAUGCAAAGAUUUAUUGGCUAUUUCUGGUGAGCCAAUUCAUCCUUUGACAGCUUACGCGUUCAGCAUGAACCACUUGGGAGACUAUUCGGCUGCAAAGCUCUGGGACUUGAAUGCAACCAAGGAUAAAAUCUACCUGGAGACGUUCGACCAGAUGAAUGAAUUGGGAGUCGACUAUAUCCUUGCACCAACAUAUGUUGGUGUCGCUGCCGAGCAGGAGAACAUUCAUUACUGGAACUAUACGUCUUUGUGGAACCUCUUAGACCAGCCAUGUGUGAUCAUUCCAACCGGUCUCAGGCAGGAUCCUGCGAUCGACCUGGUCGAGGAUCGUGAACCAUGGAGCAAAUGGGACGCUGAGCAGAAGCAGAAAUACGACAAAGACCCUGCUCUUUUCACCAACGGUCCAAUUGCGUUGCAAGUCGUUGGUAGAAGACUCCAUGAUGAACAUGCUCUUGCUGCUGCCAAGAUCAUCGACGAUAUCUUGCAUGGGUGA